AUGAGAUAUCUUUUUAAUCGCGACCUCUCAGACUUUGAACCACAAGAAAUUCCUAAGUAUUUUGAAUGGUGUGAAGAGAAUGGUGAAAAGCCAUUUUCUAAUAACAUUACUGGAAAAAAAUUUUCAGAUAUUGAUGAUGUGAAAGAAUUUUCUGAUAUAUUUCAAGACGACUUGCCCAAAAAUGAGACUACAGACAUACCCAUAUUCAAUAUGCCAGAAACUAUUCCACAGAAAAUAAUCACGCCUCAGCUAGAGCACCAUAACAGAGUAGCCAAUAGAAAGAAUAAACCUUCACCUAAUACUAGUAAAAAUAAGAAGGCCAGUAAUCAGGACGAUUUGAUUCAGAUCCUCUUCGACUAUGUAGCAACUGAAAUUCCGGUCGCCUCAACAUCUGGAACUUCCGAGGCUUCUAAGAUUUCUGAACUAUUUAAUAAGCCUGAAACUAGCAAACCUUCUAAGCCUAUCGAGCCUAUUAGUAAUGUGAUAAAAGCACCAAAACCCAGUAGUAAUGAAAUAUUAUCUGCCAGAGCCCAGCGUGAAGAGCAUCUCAGAAAAUGGGCUAUCGAUCACAAUGAGGAUCCAGAUAUCUUCAUGAACAUCACAGAAAAAGAUGUUAAUCAGUCCCAGGAAUAUCAAGACAGGAUGAUGGCAGAUGCAGAAGUCAUCAAAUUCGCUAGAGAAAAUAAGAUGAACUCAAAUGAUUUAUUUUAUAUGACUAGAAGAGAAAGGUUAAUAAGCGAAGAAAUAUAUCUUUGGGAGUUCGAGCAUAUGGAAAAACCCCAGAAGUAUAUUUACGAUGAUAAGGAAUAG